AUGACGUCAUUUGACCGCGACCUGUAAAAUGCACUUCGCUGUCAAUUCCGAGUCUUCUCGACUCCGCUAAACUCUCUAGUCAUGUUGGUUGUUUUCGUGUGUCGGACGUGGAGUUUUUUCCUGUAACAUGGCGAGAGGCAUCGCUCUUGUUCGAAGUAUCCUUGAGAAAGUCCCCGGCCAGAAGCUGCUCGGCCCGUACAGAUUUUUGCCUUUUUUCUUCGUGCUCGGCGGAGCGAUGGAGUGGUUCAUGAUCAAUGUGCGAGCCGGAGAGGAGACCUUCUAUGAUGUGUUUAGAAGAAAGCAAGCUGAAAGGCGCUAUCAGGAGAGACUGGAGCAGGGCUUUGCUGUACAAACGGAAGAAGUGAGAAGAUAAAAAGGUGCAGGGAAUGUGGGGCAGCAGAGUGCCCCCCCGCCAACCGGAAUGGACCCCUGGGGGGCAACUGGAAUGACUUCAUGUGAAUAUCUGCCGAGAGCGGAUUAUAAGGAGCCUUCAUAAAGCACAACUCCAUGUUGGUCAGUUAUUUUCAGUGGCUCGCCUUGUUCAGUCACAGGCUGCUUACUCAAUUGUGAUGAGACACUUGGAGUGGAGGCGUCUAAUAAUUAUUCAUAGCAUAAUUAUUGUUUAUAUUGUGAGACUUAGAAUUUUCAUAUAAUCACAUGAAACAGCUGUUUUAGACCACAUGUAAUAUUGGUUUUCUAAAAUAAAUCACAUGUGCCAUUUAAA